AUGCUCAAAGAGGUGGAAUCAGCUGAAGAAUUUCAAUCGUUAUUGUCCAACAACCUCAAUGGAUUGAGCGUACUCAAUUUCUGGGCUCCUUGGGCAGAUCCAUGCACUCAGAUGAACGUUGUAGCCCGCGAACUGAGUGAGAAGCACACCGCUGUGCUAUUCCUCAACAUUGAAGCCGAAUCUCUGCCCGAUAUCUCGGAAACAUUCGAUAUUGAAGCUGUACCUUGUUUUGUGCUGCUUAGAGGUCACACUCUGUUGGAUAGAAUAAGUGGCGCAAACGCUGCUUUACUCGCACAGACAGUACAGAAACACUCCACCUUAUCAAACAACAACUCCUCUCAAUCCACUACUAGCCAGCCUCCUCAGCCACCACUGCCCGUUGAGACCGAGGAUCAGCUCAACUCGAGGUGCAACUCCAUCAUGAACCAAUCAGACGUCGUCUUAUUCAUGAAAGGGGAUCCUCAAACUCCACGCUGUGGCUUCUCCAAACAGACUGUCGCUUUGUUGAGGGAACAAGGCAUUCAAUUCACUCAUUUUGAUAUUCUCCAGGAUGAGAGUGUCAGGCAGAAUCUCAAGAAACUCAAUGAUUGGCCAACAUUCCCCCAAAUUAUCGUAAAGGGCGAACUCAUCGGUGGUCUAGACAUACUACGUGAAAUGGUUGAAAAUGGUGAAAUGAAGCAGUUAGUUUGA